AUGCAGUCUAACGACAGCCUCCCGAUCCCCGCAGCGGUAGGAGGCACGUAUGCAGGACAGUUGGAACAGUCCUACAUUCUGCCGUCUACCAAGGUUCCAGCUUUGCAUCCCUUCCACGCGGAUGAGCAGAAUCAUGGUUCCAUCCAAAGACUCUCACUGCGUGGUGUUGAAGCAUCGGGCAAACGAGAUGUGGCUGAUGACGUCAGAAAAUAUGCGAACGCCGUCAUGGCGUUCACCGGGCUGGACGAUAUUGCAUUCGGCCUCGUGAUAAGCGAAUGGAAGGGAGUUGUGCACGCUGUAGCUGAAGAAGGACCUUUGAGCACUUCUGUGAAGGUGUUUGGUUUGAACUCGGUUACAGACGACCAAGUCAGUGCACACACGGACUUUGUGUUGUAUAUCAACCCGGCGAAGCAAUGGAGAGACGAGAGGGCAAAGUUUGUCCUCGAGCUGUCACCGGACGGCGAAUCAAACUCGGUGUCAUACGACACGCAGUUGAUCCCAGAGCCUGCCGUUGCGAGCAUCGUACACGCUUUCGAGAGCUUCAUGCUCGGACUGCAGGACGAAGCAUCAGACGAUAGCAAACAGCUGCUAUCGAUAACCAACUUCCCUCCCUUGUCAACGCCGUCCCAGAUACCGCAGGAUCGAGAUGAGACAUUCAGCGUUUUGCUGCAUUCGGACUUCGAGCGGCGCGCAGCCGAGACUCCCGACCAGCCAGCACUGGAUUUCCUUCAUGGAGGACACCAUACAAUUCUGUCGUAUGCGGAGCUGGAUGCAGCGGCGAACACACUGGCCGCUCAGAUACUGGAACAGCUGGGCCAGCCCAGGAAGCAGCAGGAGGGCAGGCCAGACAUCCUCCCGUUCUACCUCCCUCCGUCCCCAGAGCUCUAUGUCUCAUACCUGGGCGUGCUCAAAUCAGGCUACGGCUUCUGCCCGCUUCCACUGGACGCCCCGGAAGAAAGACUGCGGGACAUCCUAGACGACCUCGCUCCCCGCGCCGUCCUGGGCAGCGGCGCCCCAGAGACACGCCCCAACGCCCUGCACCCGCUGGCCUGGAUCGACGUCACGCAAGUGACCCAAAGUCACAGUCACCCCGACAAACCUCCGGUCCAAAUCAACCCGGCCGACGUCGCCUACGUCAUGUACACCAGCGGCUCGACGGGCAAGCCGAAGGGCGUGCAGAUCCAGCACCACGCCUGCACCUGCUCCAUCCGCUCGCACGCGGCAACGCUGCCCCUCUCGACCAACCCUGACAAACCAUCCCGCUGGUUCCAGUUCGCCGCCUCGACUUUCGACCCCUCCAUCAUGGAGAUCUUCGUCACCUGGUCGUCAGGCGCGACGCUGUGCAGCGCCGACCGGCAGCUGACGCUGUCCGACCUCGAAGGCACCGUCACCGCGCUCCGCGCGACCGUCAUGAUGACGACGCCCAGCGUGGCGGCGCUGCUCCGCCCGGCGAAGCUGCCGACGCUGCGCAGCCUGUGGACGAUGGGCGAGGCGCUGACGCGGAAGGUGAUUGAGAACUUCGCCGUUGUCGUCCCCACCACUCCCUCCGCCGCCAACGACGAUGAGCACGACGGUCCCACCGGCCUCGCCAACGCCUACGGCCCCACCGAAGCCUCCAUCAACUGCACUUUGUUCCCCGUCCCGCGCGGCUUCCGCGGCUCCGUCAUCGGCCCCGCGCUCCCCACCUCCUCGCUCUUCGUCCUCGACCCGUCGUCCACCACGCCACGCCCUGUCCCAGCCGGCUUCGCGGGCGAGCUCGCCAUCGGCGGGCCGCAGCUGAGCAAGGGCUACCUCAACCGCCCCGCCGAGACGGCAGCCGCGUUCGUGGACAGCCGCGAGUACGGGCGGUUGUACCGGACGGGCGACCGCGCGCGGCUCGUGUGGGGCGAGGAUGGGAAUGAAGUGUUCGUCGAGUUCCUCGGACGCAUUUCGGCGGGGCAGGUCAAGUUGAAUGGGCGCAGGGCGGAACUGGGCGAGAUCGAGGGCGUGCUGGCGGAGGUGCCGGGCGUCAAGGACGUCGCGGUCGGUGUGGCGAAGCAUGGCAGCAAGGUCGUCGAGGCGUGUCGCGAGCAGGCCAGGAAGCGGCUGCCGGACUUCAUGCGCCCUGCAUACGUCGAGGUCGUGGCGGAGCUGCCGCGGUUGCCGUCGGCGAAGAUUGAUCGGAAGCGCGUCGCGGCUAUUGCGCAGGAGGUCGUUGAGGAUGCCGCUGCUCAGGCGCCGGUGGUGGUGCAGCGGCCUGCGGGCUCGCUGGGUGGUGCUGGAGCGGAGCUGUUCACGCUCGUCCAGGGCCUUAUCGCUGAUGCUGUUGGCACUGAUGCGGCACAUGUGCAGGCGGAGGCGAAUCUGUUUUCGCUGGGCCUCGACAGCUUGCGCAGCAUGGCGUUGCUGCAGAGGUUGCGGGAGAAGCUGGACGUGCCUGUCUCCGUUGCUGAGAUCCUGCAGUGCCGGACGGCGGCAGGUGUUGCGGCGCUCCUGGCCGAGAAGCAGGCUGAUGCCUCGCCGUCGACGGCUGUUCUUCUGGACGAGCGUCAGCACGAGGAGGUAGAGGCAGUGUAUCCUCCUACGGCUACACAGUCUGGUAUGUUGGCCAGCUUCGUGCGGAGCUUGUCCAAGGAUGCGCCGUGCAGGACGUACAUCAACCACUCCGUCUUUGAAAUACAAGAGGACGCGGAUUUGGAUAGGCUGAAGUUGGCCUGGGAGUCCAUACUGACCAGGCACGAGGCAUUCCGGACCGUCUUUGUGCCGGUUGAUGAUGACAUGGCGCCGUUCGCGCAGUGCAUUCUUGCCCCUCAUUCCAGCAAGGCGCAGGUCACUUGGGAAGUCGGAGAUGUCCCGGACACUUCCAGCCAGCACAUUAACGACGCACUGCGCCGCAUUGAAAGCGACAUUUCUCUCGAAGACCCGCCGUACAAACUCACCUUGUUGACCUCGCCAACACAGCGGGUCAUCAUCGUCAGCCUCUUCCACGCUAUCUUCGACGGUGGCUCGUUCCAGCUCCUUCUCGAUGAAGUCGAUGCCGAAUACCGUGGAGAAACGGCACCGCACCGCACAUCGCUGCGCAAAGCAGUCGAUAUGCACCACCUGGCCGACCACGACCAGCAUGGUCUCUUCUGGUCCCGAUACCUGGAAGGGUUGAGUCCUCUUCCCUUCCCCAACCUAACGGGUCUGCGGCCCGAAGCCAGAACCGGACUCCCGCAAACUCACCAAAUAGAAUCGACGGUGCCCCUGACGCAGCUGCGAGAUGCUGCGAAGGCGAUGGGCACUUCUGCCCUGGCUGUUCUGCAGGCGGCCUGGCUCGUGGUUUUGUCAGGCUACACUGGCUCCGCCGACAACGUCGUCUUCGGCAGCGUCAUCUCAGGAAGAUUCGACAAGGACUUGGAGGUGUGCAUGGCGCCCACCUUCGCCACCAUCCCCGUCAGAACCCCGGUAACAGAGAUGGAGAGCAUCACGUUCCUCGAUGUUGCGCGGAAGCUGGCACAGGCGAAUGCCGAGUCCUUGGGUCACUUGCAGGCCAGGAUUGGAAGCAUCACGUCGGCCAGCGGCCAGCUGCCAUACGACACGCUGUUUGCCUUCCAAGAGUUCGGCGUCGCGGGCGAAGAGAGCAGCAUCUGGAAGUCGAUCAACUACCCGCCCAUGGCCAACGACUUCGCAGUCAUGAUCGAGGUGUGGCCCAGCAGCCAGGGCGCCAUCACUCUAAAGGCCACAUUCACCGACGCCCACCUCAACCAACAGGGCGCCGACGUCAUGUUGACAGAGCUGAACGACAUCCUGCAACACAUCCUCUCGCACCCCGACCAGCCCUUCGUCUCCGGCCUGUCAGCCCCACGCGUCUCCCUGCUCUCAACCCAUCCAGCCUCCGAAGCAGAGCUGCGCAAGGUCGCCGACGACACCUCGCUGCUGCACUCCCAGCUCGAAUCCCACGCGCGAACCAAUCCCGACGCCACAGCGCUCGUCUUCGUCACCGCCCUCGACCCCACCACCGAGCAAAUCACCUGGACCUACGCCGAGCUCAACCAGCGCGCCUCCGCCUUCGCUGCCCAGCUCCGUGCCCGUUUCGGCGACCUGCGCGGCGUCUACGUUCCGCUGUGCCUCGAGAAGAGCCCCGCGCUGUACGUGGCGCUGCUCGGCAUCCUCAAGGCCGGCGGCGCGUGGUGUCCCGUCGACCCGUUCUUCCCGGCCCGCAGGCGGCACGACCUCAUCCUCCGCACGCAGGCGCCUAUGGUAGUCGUCGACGCUGGAAAGCCCGAGUUGGCGGACGGGAUUCCGCGUGGUGUCCGGAAGAUCGAAGUGAACAACCUGGGGCAAUGGACCGAUCCCCCCGCCCUCCCCGGGCUGACCGCCGAAGACGCAGCAGCAACCUCGCUGCUGCAGGCGAGCCCAGACGACCCAGCCUACCUCAUCUGGACCAGCGGCACGACGGGCCAGCCCAAGGGCGUCCCGAUCCACCACCGCGCCGCCGUCGCGAGCAUGACGUCGCUCCAACGCUGCGUGCCGUCCAACGCCGACGGGAAGCAGGUCCGCUGCAUGCAGUUCUCGCAAUUCACCUUCGACGUCUUCGUCCAAGACCUGUUCUACACCUGGGGCCUCGGCGGCGCCGUCGUCUCGUCCACGCGCGACAACCUGCUGCACUCCUUCGCCGCGCUCGCCACCGCCACGCGCGCUACCCACGCGCACCUGACGCCUGCCUUCGCCGCGGGCGUGCCGCGGAAGAGCUGUCCGACGCUGCGCGUCGUCACGUUCAUCGGCGAGAAGCUGCCGCAGCAUGUGGCGGAUGACUGGGGCGCCGGCGGCAACGAUGACGGGGGCGACAGCAGCAGCAGCAGCAGCAUCAUCGCGUUCAACACCCUCACCGCAGCCCAGCGAGCCGUGGCGGCUUCGAACGUUGGCGUCGCGCUGCCGACGCUCGGCACGCACGUCGUGCACCCGCGCGACCCGGACCGGGUGGUGCUGCGCGGCGCCGUCGGCGAGCUCGCGCUCAGCGGGCCGCAGCUAGCGAAAGGCUACCUCGACACGCCGGCGAAGACGGCGGCCGCGUUCGUGUGGAGCGCUGGGCUGGGCUGCGCGGUGUACCGCACCGGCGACGAGCUCGGGGGGAUAAGGGUGGAGUUGAGCGAGAUUGAGUGGGCGUUGAGGGGGUGCGAGGAGAGGGCGGCCGAGGUGGCGAGGAAGACGCUCGAGAUGGCAAGGCUGGAGCUGCCGGAGCACAUGAUUCCUGGUGUGUUCUUGGUCGUGAGGGAGAUUCCGAGGACCAGGAGCGCGAAGGCGUGGGAGGAGUUGCUGAACCCGUCUGCCGUGGCGUCCGAGGUUGCGCCUUCGCCGUCUGCGGGGCGGUCCGAGGCGGAGUUGUUCGUGAUGAGGAAGAUCCAGGACCUCACUGGCGCGAAGGUCGAGGCCAUGAACAGAGCGAGCAAGUUGGCGGCGCUCGGUGUUGACUCCAUCGGCGCGCUGAGACUGGCUGCGAGACUCAAGGCGGAUGGCUACAGUGUUUCGGUGGCCGAUAUGAUGGCGUCCAGUACUGUUCAGGGGCUGGUGACGCUGGUUGAGAAGGCGUCCUCGAAGAGCCAGGAGAAGACUGCGGGAGACAGACUCCAGCAGUUCCACAGCAAAUGGGCGCCGAAGCUGCAGGAGAAGGGGGUGCUGGGCAGGUUCCAGAAUGCGGAGUCGUACUGGAGCAAUCACGCUUUCGAACUGAAGGCCAGCAUCGAGCCUACCGAAGUACUCGAGGCAUGGGCACAGGUCGUUCGAAACAACGAUAUCCUCCGCACCAGCUUCUUCCCAACAGCUGAAUUCGACGACCUCCUGCCCGACGACUCCGCCCCCUCCUUCCUCCAAGUCAUCCACGACGACACGCACGUGGAUUCUCAACAGAUCUCGAUAGCCCCAGGAACCUUCCUCGACGCCGCAAAGCAGCGCGCCUCCGCCAUCGCCGCCGACCGCCAGCAAACCGGCUUCCGCAGCCCGCUCUGCGCCAUCACCAUCUUCGACGACGGCACCACGUCGACGCUGAUGCUCACUCUCCACCACGCCAUCCACGACGGGCCGGCCAUGCACCUCACGCCCUUCAUCUCCGCUCAAAACCCGCAACCCACGCUGGACUUCUGGAAAAAGGAACUCGACGUCUUCGCCGGCGGCGACGCCCGCACCUUCCCCGACCUCUCCGGCCGCCGGAACACCGCCGCCGAUACGAAACCGCAGUUCCUCGACUGCGUCAUCGACCUCACCGAGUCCGUGGCGUCCCUGCUGGAGCUGUCGAGAGCGAUCGGCGCCGGCUCCGCUGUGUCAGCUACGUUCUCGGACCGCGUCAUCGACCCGGCGCUGGCCGACGCCGUCGGGCCGCUUAUUUCGGUCGUGCCGGCGGCUGUGGUGGAUGAGUCGGUUAAGCAUCGGCAUGUGCACCCGCGAACCGUCAAGCGGCUUGUCAACUGCCAGCCGUCUCAGCCGCUGUACUGCGCCAUGUUUGCGUAUCAUCCGGAGGAUGUGGGGCAGGAGGAGGGGGAGAGUCCAGUCUGGAGGCAGUUGGAUGAGUUUAUUCCGCUGACGGUGGAGCAUCCGAUUGCGUUGAAUGUGGAGCAGAAAGGCGGCAAGCUGCAGUGCACGUUCUCGGCGCUGGACUCGGUCAUGAAUAGGGAUCAGCUCGAGCUGUUCGCCAGGCAGGUCGAUGCCUUGAGCCUGCUGUCGGUGGCGGAACCUGAGGUCACCGAUGCCAUCGUUAAAGCUCCUGAGCUGCCUCCAACGCACUGGCUCGACCACUGGGCGAACGAGCAUCCCGACUGGGUUGCUCUGGAGAUCGCCAGAGAUAUCAGCGAGGACGGCGUCACGUCCCAGUCCUGGACCUACAAGGACAUGGUCGCUUUGUGCAUGGGGCGGUCGUUCAUCGCAUAUGCCACAGUAGCAGCCAUCUGGAAGAGCGGCAACUGCUACCUACCCGUCGCCGAGGACCUACCGCUGGAGCGUCAAGCCCUACUACUCCGCGACAGCGGCUCCGCGAUGCUCUUCACCGACAAGGCCUCCAUGUCGUCUCUCCCCGCCGUCUCGGCCGACUGCCGCGUCGUGCUGGUCGACGACGAGGACUUCGAGUCCAGCCUCCCACAACCCCUGACGACGUCGCCAGCCUCGCACCCCGACGACAACUCCUACCUCCUCUACACCUCGGGCUCAUCCGGCACGCCCAAGGGCGUCCUCGUCUCCCGCGGCAACCUCUCCGCCUUCACCGAAGCCCAGUCCGACUUCAUCUGCCGCGAAGUCCCCUCCACGCCCCUCCUCGGCGGCACAGGGAAAUACCUCGCGCACGCCAGCCGCGCCUUCGACGUGCACAUCUGCGAGAUGGUGCUAGCCUGGCGCCACGGGCUGGCCGUCGUCACCGCGCCGACGCGCGCCGCGCUGCUCGACGACCUGCGCCUGGCGCUGGCCGGGUUGGAAGCCAAGCACGUGCCGAAGCUGCGCUACCUGGGCGUCGGCGGCGAGAAGAUCUCGCAGCGCAUCAUCGACGAGUUCGCCGCCAGCGACGCCAUCUCGCUCGUCAACGCGUACGGCCCCACCGAGGCGACGAUUGGGAUUUCGUCCAUCAACUACGUCAAGCGCGGGCAGGCGGGCGAGCUGUGCGUGACGGGCGACCUCGUCGCCAACGGGUACCACCAGCGGCCCGACGCCAAGGGCUUCGUCGAGUUCGACGACGGCCAGCGCAUGUACCGCACCGGCGACAUGGCCAAGGUCCGUGGGCAGCGGCUGGAGCUGGAGGAGGUGUCGGCCGCCGUGGCGAACCGUGCGGGCAUGAAGCCGGCGAAGGCGGAUGCGGCACCGCCGGUGUUCGUCGUCGAGGAGUAUCGCGAGUGGGCGCCGAGGAUUGUGGCCGGGUGGAAGGCGGAUGUGAGGAAGCUCAGGGCUAUCUACGAGGCUAUUCCGCGGGCUCAGCUGGUCGGAGGUAAGGGCGCUGCACAGGCAGGCAGCGUGGCUGUGGAUACCCCGGCCCAGCGGCAGCUCAAUGCGGUGGAGACGAGGGUGAGGGAUGUGCUGAGGACUGUCGUGCCGUUUGAGCUCGGCGAGAUUUCGCCUGCUACCAACAUCUUUGACUUGGGCAUCGACAGCUUGAACGCCAUUGACUUGUCCAUCAAGCUCCGGAAGGCUGGAUUCACUUGUUCCGUGGCUGAUGUUCUCAGCCGGCCGCUCCUCUCUCAACUUGCGGAAAUUCCCUCAAACGUACAGGAAACUCAAGCAGUCGUGGCUCAGGACCACUCCGAGUCCCGAAAGAAGCUCCUGGCUCUCGACGCUGCUUUCCGCGCCCAGAACACCAACCCCAAGCUGCCGAACGCCGCCAUCCAGGCCGUCCGCCCCUGUCUUCCGCUUCAGGAGAGCCUGGUUGCCAGUUCUCUAAAUGACGAUACCAAGUCACUUUACGUCAACCAUAUCGUUCUGAAGCUCGCUCCUUCCAUCGACAUUGAGAGGCUGCGGGAUGCUUGGCUUGAUGCACUGGCUGAUGUUGACAUACUGCGCACCUGCUUCGAACAACUGGACGGCACAAUUGUGCAGGUUGUUCUGAAACCCCGUGCUGUCGCUCUUCCGUGGGAUAAUAUUUCCCACGGACCUUUAUCCAAGAAGCAGAAGGAGAUCUCCGCGGACAUCAUUGACAACAUCCAGGUUCUCCCGCCCUACAGGCUCGCCACAACUGAGGGCCUGCUCCUGAUCUCCAUUCACCAUUCUUUGUACGAUGCUGUCUCAAUGAACCUCAUCUUGAGCAGCGUGUACGCUCACUAUCAAGGACUGUCUCCUCAACAACAGGGUGAUAUGGAGGCUCUUUACACUUACCUGCUUCAACACGACCUGAAGGAAGCUGAGAGCUUCUGGAAGCAGUAUCUCCAAGACUUCAGGCCGUCUUACGUCUCUUCUAAACCACGCAGUGAGGGCCAACAGCUGCGGAUUGUCGAGAUGGCUCUGUCAAACAAACUGUCUGCGCUGUCCAAACAAGCAUCUCGAGCCAUGGCCACUCUGACCUCCCUGCUCGAGGCGGUGCUCGGACUGAUCUUGGCGCAAUCCGUCGGCACCGACGACGUGACGAUCGGCCGCGUGUUGGCUGGCCGCGCCAUACCAGUGCCCUCUGCCGACACUCUGAUUGCUCCGCUCGUCACCACGAUUCCCUCCCGCAUUCGCUGUGACAGCCAGUCCGUAGCCACGGUCCAGGACGUCAUCGCUGCAGUCCACAACAACAGCACUGCGUCGCUGGCGCACCAACACACGCCACUCCGCCACAUCCAGCGCUGGGCGGGCUGUGCCACUCCUCUCUUCGAUGUGCUCUACUCUUUCUCCCGCGCCUCAUCCGAAGAGACUCUGGCCUAUGCAAACGCAUGGACUGAGCAGGAGGGCAGCGGGGGAAUGGCGGCCGACUACCCUCUCGCCAUUGAAGUCGUCGCCGACUCGUCGUCUGACGUCGUCACUCUCCGCGCUGCCUCGACGGAUGUGUUUGGAGAUGAAGGCAAAACCAGAACUCUGCUCGAGAAUAUCGAUCUCCUCGUGCAAGCAUCAGCCGCCGCGGACGGGCUUAAGAUUGCCGACCUGCACAUCCAUGGCGCGGCGAGGACCAUUGACUCGGCGGCGUCUGAGAAUCAAUGGGACGAAGACACCUGGUCCCCUCAGGCACAGGUGAUGCGGUCCGCCGUCGCCCAGCUGUGCGGCCUGGCAGAACACGAGGUCACCAAAAACGCAUCCUUCUUUUCCCUGGGUCUCGACUCCGUCACCGCCAUCCGUUUCUCCAAAGCCCUCAAGGCCGCCGGCCUGCGCGUCUCAUCUGCAGACAUCAUGAAGCACAUGUCCAUCGGCGCCCUCGAGAAUCACUUGACGCUGGCCACUCAACCCAACGAAAAGAAGCAACCAGUCGAGGCUCACCAAGUACCCCUCCCGAUCCCAGCAGACGUACCGAAAGACGACGUCCUGGACGUCUUCCCAUGCACCCCGCUCCAGACGUCCAUGAUCACCCAGACCCUCAGCUCCGGCAGCGGCAAGCUGUACGUGCACCACCACGCCGCGGCACUGCCGUCCACCAUCGACGUCGCCCGCCUGAAGGAUGCGUGGACGCAGGUCGUCCAGAGCACCGACAUCCUGCGCACCUCGUUCCACGCAGCACAGUCGUCGCGUCAAUUCAUCGGCGUCGUCCACGAGGCUGCACAGCCGAACUGGUCUGAGGUCGAGGCUGCAGAGUCGAUCGCCCGUGCCAUCGACGACAUCGUCGCCGCCGCCGUCUUCCCUGCUGAAGCGGACUUCCGCACGCCGCCGCUGCGCGCUACGCUGAUCACGAGCGGCGAGCAAAAGGUCCUCGUCGUCACUUUGCACCACGCCCUGUACGACGGCCACUCAGUGCCGCUCAUCUUCGCCGACUUGGCCGCUGCGUAUCACAGCCAGUCCAUUGGCAGCAGACCGUCUUUCAGUGCCGCUGCCCGUGCUAUUGCCACCGCGCAGCAGACCGACAAUUCGUACUGGUCCCGCCGCCUGGCUGGGUACCGCAAGGCUGCCCUGCGCGACCGCCCUGGCGCCAUCACCGACAAACUCCACACGCUCGACCUCGCCCUCGCCCCUGCCGCACAAGAUAUCCUCGCCGCACGCGCUGCGCUGGGCAUCACGCUGCAGACGGCCGCACUACUGGCGUUCGGCAAGGCCCUGGCUACGCAAUUGACUGGCGUUCGUGAUGUUGUUUUCGGCCACGUCCUGGCUGGGCGUGAUGUUGAAGGUGUCGAGGACGCGGAUGCCGUUGUGGGUCCGCUGUUCAACACCGUACCGUUCCGCCUGCGGCUGGAGGGGUUGCUGGCAACGAACGGUGCCGUAGCGGGAGAAAUUCAGCGCGAGCAGGCUGAGGGCCGCUCCGGCCAGCACGAGGGGUUGGGCGAGGUGACGAAAGCGUGGAGGAAAGCCACGGGGGAAACGAGUGAGAGGCUGUUCGACGCGUUGUUCGUGUUCACGAAGACCGCGCCACCGCCGUCUGAGGGAGACGAGGAAGAGCUUUUCCGCCCCUGGAAGCCCGCCGACGGCGAAAAAGAGUUCGUCCCCGACGACGCCGACUACCCCCUCAACUUCGAGUUCGAGCAAGGCCCUUCGCAGCUCGUCGUCCGCGCCUCCUGCCGCGACCGCCACCUCGACCGCGCCGGGCUACAGGCCUUCGUCGCCAUCUUCGAGGCCGCCCUGGAAGACGUCCUCACGCGGCCCGACCGCGCGGCCGUGGCUUUCCCGCCUGGGCUCAAGGACCUGCCCGUCGCUGCGGCUGAGCGGGUCGAGAAGCUGGAGGACGGUUUCGAGGACAUGGUUCCCGGGCCGGACCUCGAUGCCGUGCGGGAUGGAUUAGCAGAGGUGACGCAGGUCCCGCGCGAGGAGGUCGAGCUGGCCAGCAACGUCUACGCGCUGGGCCUCGACUCGAUCGCGGCGAUCCAGGUCGUCGCGUUCUGCAGGGAGCGUGGUGUCGUCGUCAGCGUCACGGAUAUCCUGCAAGGCGGCACGCUCGGUGGCAUCGUCCGGACGCUUCGACAGAAGAACAAGAAGCAGAAGAAGGCUGCUGCUGCUGCUGCAGUCGACCCCUCCUCCUCCCCAGCCAAACCGAAGGAGCUAGUCAGCAGGGCUGUCCGCUUCGCGGCCAUCGACCUGCUCGCUGUCGACCCGGCGGCCGUCGACGGCCGCACGCUGUUCGAGCCGACGUGGGCUUUCGUCGCCAGAUCCCCGGUCGAUCCGGAGAGGCUGAAGGACGCGUGGUGGCGCCUGCGGCAGCGGCACGCCAUUCUCCGCACGUGCUUCGCCGCCGUGGCCGGGGAGAACGUCGUGCAAGUUGCCCUGAAGCCCGAGGCCGUCAAGCGGGAUUACGGAUUCCGGCAGCUCGACGCUGGCCAGGGCGAGUUCGUGCCGGCUGUCGUUGAGGAAGUAAAGGCUAUCGCAGCGAGGCCGUCGGACCUGUUCACCCCACCCGUUCGCCUGUGUCUGCUGCGCAGCGCGGAGAAGAGGGACGCCGUCCUCCUCACCUUCAACCACGCCACCUACGACGCGUGGACGAUUCCGCUGCUCCUCGCCGACCUCGCGGCCCUCUAUGCCAGCAAGGACGUCCUCGCCCCACCCCCCGCCUUCGCCGACUUCAUCACCCACGCCCUCAGCACCACAGCCAACGACCAGGCCGCCGCCGCCGCCGUGCAGCAGCACUGGCAGAACUACCUCCACCUCGCCUCCCCGACCAUCCUCGGCUCCUCCUCCUCCUCUUCUUCUUCCAACAACACCUCCACCUCCUCCCUCCCCCGCCAAACCUUCGUCCUCAUCCCCUCCGCCAUCCGCUCCCUCACCACCCUCGACCAGCGCUGCCGCCAAUCCGGCGUCGCCUUGCACGCGACGCUCCUCCUCGCCAUCGCCCGCGUCCUCGCUCGCCACACCAAUGCGCUAAGCGGGCCGACGCUCAACCUCCUCCCGCUCGUCGUGCGCGAUGCGCUGGGGGUCGAUGCGAGGAGCGGGGCGAGGGCGGUGCAGGAGGAUUUGGGGGGACGGUUGGAAUUCGAGCAGCGUUCGCCCGCUGCUGGAGGGGAGAAAGAGGGUCUGGAGGGGGUGGGGUUGCAGCUCGAGCCGUUGAGGAUUGGCGUGCCGACGGAUUUUGCGCCGAAGGAAAAGGUUGUGGGGAGGACGGCGGUGGAUGGGAUUGAUGGCGGGUGGUUGCGGAGGGAGAAUAAUUUGUUUGUGGAUGUGGGGAGGAAUGAGAAGACUGAUGCGAUUGAUGUGGGGGUGAGGUAUGAGGGGGAUGGGUUGGCAGAGGCGGAGAUUGAGGGGUUGGUGAGGGAGGUGGCGGAGGAGUUGGGGAGGUUGGUGGGUGCGUUGUAG